UUAUGCUGUUUUGCCGUAGCCGGAGCUGUAUGGACAUGGUUAAGUUAAGAUUAUUUAAUAGAUAGAUCAAGCAUACUCCAACUUAUUUCCCAUGAGGGCGUGCCUUUAAAUUUUGAAUUAAAACUAAUUUAAUUGCAUUCAAGAGAUGCUGGAAUAUUAGACUCUAAAAAAUUGUUUUGUGAUAGGCCUAUGUUUAAACUGAGUGGGUUGCCCCUUAGUCAAUAAUUUUGACAGUAGUGGUGUGGUUUAGUUUAGACUACGUUAACUAAAUUAAAUAUGACACAACUCCCAGAAACUAAUGUAAAGAUGACAGAACUCUUAGAAACUAAUGUGCAGAGUAAUGUACAAAAUUUAGAAAUGUAUGAGCUGUUAUCCUCAAUAGGAUGCUGUAAAAUGUGCUCCCUUAGGUUUUUUGGUGAAACCAAAGUUGAAGCCUACAAAUUCUUGUACAGUUUAGGUUUUGGACCAGGCAGACACAUCAAGACAGAGGUUAAUGAAGAUGCUCCAAAUGGUGUAAAAAAGUUGGCCAGUAAUCCUUGCAUCGCUUGCCUCGGUGUGCUUCAGCCUCCGAUUUGCGACAAAAUCAUUGAUGAGAUUGUCGCAGCUGUUGAAAAGGAGGAAUACGACAAUCCCACAUUUAACAUAGCUUUCUCUAUCCCCGUCAGUUUCUAUCUCAGAGCCCAUGCUGUGCUGGUGUUUCUGCUGGACAGUCAUCCUGACCAUGUUAAGGAACAUUUGCCCAUGCGUCUAGUCACUAUCGGGGUGAAAGACGCGUGGAAGUACGCCUUUGCUGACAAGGUUGCACAGAGAAUAAAUAAGAAGUUUGAUGUGGACUCGGAUUUGAGAAUUCAGGUUGAUAUUCAAUAUGAGGACGAUCAUUCAGAGAUUGAUUGCUUAUUGAAAAUGCGGCCAGAUAUUUUUAAAGACCAGCGUAUCAAAGCCAAGCGUCUCCGCCACUGUGCAGGGCCCAUGCUGUUGUAUUCUCGCAAGGCCGUGGAAGUGACACUGGGGACGACGGACAGGCAGUGUUUCUCUAAGCAUUUCCCCGUCCCCCCCACCAUCCCAACACAUUCUGCGGUCUGCAACACCGUCAUGUUCGAACAGGCACCUUUGUAUCUUGGAGGUAGAUACAACAAGUAUACCCGGAGUCUGCCUCAGACUGCCUGGAUGGUCAAGGACGAGAGGAGAAUGGAGACGUCGGUUCAUGAACUGAUUGCUGGCAAAGUACAGGCACUCACCAAGGCUCAAGGCAGUAAGCUGAUUUCCUCGGGGAGAGAGGACGUGGAUGUCCGCAUGUUGGGUGACGGACGACCCUUCGCCUUAGAGCUGGCUGCUCCCCGCCACGUGCUGCUGUCUAGUGAGCAGUUGGGGCAACUAGAGGCUGACAUCAACCAAGAAGGCGGGGGCAGGAUCAGCGUGCAUAACCUCAAACUAGUGUCAAAGUCUGCCAUGGAGUUACUGAAGCAGGGCGAGGAGACCAAGACCAAGACGUACACAGCGUACUGUAUAGCGUGGGACACGGAUGCAGCGACAGUGGCAGCAUUGACUACCGAGACACCACUGGUGUUGCAGCAGAAGACACCAGUGAGGGUGUUACACCGCAGACCCAUCGCUACCCGACCUCGCACUGUACACUGGAUGAAAGUCAGCAACGUCACCUGCGUGGACAAUAAAACCUACUUCAGACUACAGCUGAACACCCAGGCGGGGACGUAUAUCAAGGAGUUUGUCCACGGAGACUUUGGCAGGACCAAACCAAGCGUGGGGGAGUUGCUGGGCGGAGUCACGGCUGACUGUUUGGCACUGGAUGUUGAGAGUAUUGAGCUACAGUGGCCCCUCUAGCAACGGCUAUUUUUAUAUAAUAAACUGUUUAUGUUAAAAGCAAUGUGUUUUCUUGAUUCCGGUAUUGUUGUUUCACAAAAAUUGAAGAUAAC